AUGUCACUACGGGGUAGUUCAUUUUCAAUUCAUAAAUCAAAAGCGCGACAGUUUGUUUCGCUUUCACCAUUAAAAAUAUCUGCUGCAGAACUACCACGCGAACUCGGCACACAAUAUCAAACAAUCGAUGCUCGUAUUGGCGAUCAAAAAAUGACAUAUAAUACUGAACAAGGCUAUUGGCAAUCUGAUGGAGCAGUUAGUGCGCCUAUCAAUUCGAGAGACAUGGCUAAAUUAGAGAAAACUAAACGAGAACUAGAAGAAGACAAUGAUGCUCUUCGUGCUAAAGUUGAAAUUUUACUUGAAAUGUUGGCUGAAGUUACUGCUGAACAUGAAAUUAGACAUCGUGCUUAA